CCGUAUUCGUCUAUCAGCGUGUCAGGUCGCCCAUUCAGCGAGCCAUCAGGGUUACGCGCACUCGCAGCCGUUCCGGCGCGACUUCGUCGUCGACUUUGCGAGUCCGCGAGCUUCGCCACUCCGAUCACCCUCGGGAGUCCGGGCGGUCGGCGGGACCAGCACGAGACACCCCCCUCGUCGCGGGAUUCGGAGAGUUCCCGUUUUCCCGCGCUCGGGCUUUUCCACGCAGUCGGAGCCCGCUGCACCUGUUAACCCGCCACUUCCGCUCUCGCACAAAUCCGACAGCACAAAUGAUGAAAGGUCGUCAUCAGUUUCGCCGGCGCUUCAGUCUGCAGCCCUCAGCGCACUUGAAGGAGGACGGGCAAGAGGAUGGAACGACGAAGAAUGUCAGGAAUGACAGAUUGUCGGAGUCGGACAGCGGUGGCGGAAAAUCAUCUGAGAGCUCGAUCCGGCACAAGAUCGUCGUGAUGGGCGCGGCAAAGGUCGGCAAAUCGGCGAUAAUUAAUCAGUUCCUUUACGCUACCUUCACGCCCAAGUACAAGCGGACCGUCGAGGAAAUGCAUCACGGGGACUUCAGCGUUUCCGGCAUCCACUUGACCCUUGACAUCCUGGACACGUCCGGCUCGUACGAGUUCCCGGCGAUGAGGGAUCUAUCGAUCAAAUCAGCGGAUGCGUUCGUCUUGGUCUACGACGUUAACGACUCCAGCACAUUUCUCGAAGUGAAGACCCUCAGGGCCCAGAUACUCAGCACGAAAGGCGCUGUCCCGAUCGUGGUCGUUGGUAACAAGAUCGAUCUCGUGGAGGCGGAACAGGAGGUGGAGACCGAGAGCACGAGGGAGCUCGUGACGAUGAAAUGGGAAAACGGCUUCGUCGAGGUAUCUGCGAAGGAAAACCUGAACAUCAGCCAAGUAUUCAAGGAACUCCUUAUCCAGGCCAAGCUCAAGUACAAUUUGAGCCCGGCGUUGCAGCGUCGCCGUCGACAGUCCCUACCACCCCCGCAGCACAUAAAUUCACGCAGCAGCAGCACCCACGUACCCUCCCCGGCGCAGCUGCAGCAUCUGCAACAGAUUCGCGAGCGCUCCGAGUCGAAGAGGAACUCCUGCAUCUUGUCGUAAGACGACCACCCGCUCGACAUCGUCGCGAGGAAUCACCCCGACGAUUCCAGACCAGAUCGAUCGGCGUCUAAUUUCAUACCCGAAAAUCACCCAAGUGUGACGGAUGGUUAAUUGACCCGAAAAGUCGAUAGGAUAAAGGAUUCCAUUGCCCAGACUGCGGACGUGACGUGGACGACAGACUAUGGGUAUUGCGACGAUUGCGAAGGCAGAUACUUGACGCGAAUACUUCGCAUAGAAUGUCGCGAUAAUUCGGUGUUCGUCCAUUAAAUAUAAUACAAGGACGCUCGAGCGAGUCCACAAGAGAUACACGUAUUCGGGAAAGUUUUGCACCCGGUGACGUCGCUUUUGUAAUAUUGAUCGUAUAAUGGAUCUUCCGUGCGAGUAAUUGAAUUUUAAUGGAAUGAUGGACUGUUAUGUUCCAUGAACGAAAGUAUGGAAAGAGAGAAAGGCAGAGAGAAAGAGAUAUUGGAUUAUCGAAUUUGUAUAAAAAUAUUCGGAAUUAGUAUGAAAAUAUGGACAUUAUGGAAUCGAAGAUUUAUCCUACAAGAGUAAUGCCCAAAUCAUUCAAUAUCGUAUCUAAUGUGAGAAAAUAUCAAUACCUUCAUAUCCUAAUUCCUGAUCACGAGAGAUACUCGUGAUUUAUGAUUCUUGGAAUCUUGAAUGUGUUCAAUGAUUAUCAAUAUGGAUUGCAUCUCGUUUGUUCAAGACGUGUUCGCGAAACUUUCCCUGAUGCGUGUGAAAACACUAAUUAAAAAUUUGUCUCAUAUAGAAAUAGUUUAGCAGAAUAAUAUUCUAAAUAUUCGAGUGGAAUAGUAAAGCGCAAGUGUGUCUAACUUUUUAUUUUCGUUCGAUCUACGUGAGCACUUCCGUCAGUUCGAUGGGAAUCGUAGGUGAUCGACAGGAUAAUGCAAGGAGCCGGUAACAGCAAUGUAAGUAACAAAAGAAGUAUCGUGCGUCUUUAAAAAGCAUUACAAUCGCUUUCUUCGACUUUGUGAUAACUGUCUGUUCGGAUAGAUGAACUAUUUCAGAGAGUCAAUUUCUAUUUUACGACAUACCGUGCGCAUUAUUUCGUUUCAUCGAGUACGUGGAGAGAAUAUCUCAUAGAUAUAGAUAUAUAUACACCAAUUCUAUCAAUAAUUUUUACAACUUACCGUAAGCUUCUUCACUUGCUGCGGAUUGACGGAUUGACGAUACCACGAAGCAGUCGAGAAGCCUCGAGUCUUGGCGUGUAACAAAAAAAUCAGAUUGGAAUUGAUUGGGAGAAUUAUAGAUUGAGCAAAAUCUCAAAAAUCUCCUAUCUUCACACUCUAUAAAAUAAAUGUUAGAUUUUGUGAAAUGUUUUGGAAGAAAUUAUGAUCUCCAACUGAUCUCUGAUCGCUGAUCUCCAACAAAUACAACUUCAAAGAUGUAAGAGACGUUUUGUUACUAUACUACUUGCAUUAGGAUAUUUUACUGCAACUUUGUAACAUAAUGAUGUUACAUGCGAUCUUUCUUCUAUAUUAUCUUUCGACUGCGAUCGGAACAAUGAUCUAACGAAAAUGAACCAACUUACUCUUCUAUCGGGUUUAUACGAAUAUGAUAAUAAUAAUACUUCCGAAUUAUAUUAAAUAAUUAUAUAGUUUCAUGCAGGCGCACGUUUCAAUAUCGUCUUUCAGGGUUACUUCGCACUGCCCGGCUUUUAUGAUGGAUUUUACGUAUACAUAUACCGUACAAUUCAAGAACAUAAUGUAAACUUUAUCAAACAAUUACACGAUAAGAAUUAGUUCUUAACCUCAUAUUAUUUCAUAUCAAGACGUAUACUUUGUUGAAAUUUAUUAUCGCGCUAAUUAAUAUAAUUAAUAGCGAAUAUUAUCGCUCUGUUCACUUACAAUAUCAAGAGAACACUGACACACACGAUGAAGAAAGAGGGAACGACGGAAAAUGUCGCAGUAUUACGCACGAGCAACUAGAUAUACAUUUCUGCGUAUUUAUAUAUGAUCGUACAUAUAAUCUUCUAUUAAGAAGACCAAAGAGCAAAAUGUAUUCUAUGUAUGGCGAGAUAUUUUUCAAGUCAGCAUGCUAUAACAAAUACGCGAGAUAACUAUAAAAAUCUGUACCUCGAACUCGUGUAACAAGUGCAAAUCUGUAUCAUAUUUCGCGUGUCGUGGGGCACUCUAAUAUAGCGAAACGUUUCCUCAGCUCCUGUUCAUACUAAAAUCUCAGAAGAGAAACUUUUAUGUAAAUACUGUCGAUAUGAGUUGCACCUUACUUUCAAACUAGAGUAUUGUAGAGUACAUGUUCCUUUUCUAAAACGUAUUUGAUAAAUGCGGCAUUGCGCGGGUAGUUUAAACUUGAACCAAGAUGUAACCAAGCCGUAAGCACAUCGCGAAAUGAAUUCCGGCUUGAAUUUGAACUACCCUUGUGUCUCACAUGCAUUCUACAAAUUGCCGCUUAUUUUAAGUGAGAAUCUGAGAAUUAUAUAUCUGGUAGUUUGCUAGAUAGCUGGUAAAAUUAAUAUUCGUGCCGUACAUUCCCAAGUCUUACGGAGCGCUAUCGAAAUAGAUUGCGUAUAAGGGAUGAUGUAACGAAGUGCUUGUUAAUAUGUACAUUUACGUAAGUGCGUGUUAGAUAUAACGUAUAUACAUUUGUCUCGUACGCUGUUCUCCUCGUCCUGUAGAUGUGCAGGUGAAUUCAAUAUUAUUUUUAAUACUGUUCACUGCGGAAAAAAAUAUAUGGUUAAUCGAUGUUUAUUGUAAAUAGAGAGAUCUCAUCUCAUAUUCUUUAUAGGAAAAUAUAGUAAACGGAUACAGUCGACAACUUAAAUGACGUUUGAUCGUUUCGUUUAUUUAAAAUGUACAAAUUAAACAAUUGUUUUUUUAUCUCUCUCACGUGUGUCUUUGAGGCUGCAUUCAUGAAGAAAACCGCGCUCUUAAAAUACGUACGUCGCAAAAAUUGUAUGUCGACCGCAUUUCACGUUUAGCAGUAUCAAAUGUUUAUGUAAAUAAAGUAAUCUUAUGUGACG